UGGAGUCGCGUUGUAGCGGAGCGCGGGAGCGUAGUAGCAGACGGGCCCGGAAUCAGGCCCGAAAUGGUGCUGGACCGGGUGCGAGCCGUCUUCCUGGACCUCGAUAACACGCUCAUCGACACGGCGGAGGCCAACCGUGCAGCCCUAAAGGAGGUGAUCAAAUUCUUACAGUCAAAAUGCCAGCUGGACGAGGGGGAAGCCCACGUAAUCUGCGCCAAGGUCCAGCUCAAACUCAGCAAGGAACGCUACGACCCGGCCGCCGCGUCCAUUACCGACCUGCGGAUUUCCCACUGGGAAGAGGCGCUCCGAGAAACGAAGGGCGGCCCGGCCGACCGGAAUCUGGCGGAGGAGUGUUAUCUGCUGUGGAAAUCGACCCGUCUCCGGCACAUGACCAUGACCGACGAUAUCAAAACCAUGCUCCUGGAGCUCCGGAAAGAAGUCCGCCUGCUCUUGCUGACUAACGGAGACAGCCAGACGCAGAGGGAGAAGAUCGAAGCCUGCGCCUGCCAGCCGUAUUUCGAUGCCAUCGUCGUAGGGGGGGAGCAGAAGGAGGAGAAACCCGCCCCGUCUAUAUUCUUCCACUGCUGUGACCUUCUUGGGGUGCAACCGAAAGACUGCGUGAUGGUGGGCGAUACGCUCGAGACGGAUAUCCGGGGGAGUCUCGAUGCUGAUUUGAAAGCGACCAUCUGGAUAAGUAAGACCGGAACGCUACCCCCAAACCCUUCUCCGAUACCCCACUAUAUCGUCUCUUCUGUGUUAGAGCUGCCUGCCAUUCUGCAGAAUAUAGACCACGAAGCCAGCGUAUCGUCUUUGAAGCGCACUGUGAAGCACGACGUUUAAAAAAAUACAGGCCGACUCAAAUUCCCUCUAGUAUUUGUGCUCAGAAACUUUUAUCUACAAAGAUGCCAUCUGGCACACUGGAAAAAAAAAUAACAGCUUACUCCCAGAGAGGAGCUGACUUACUUGACAGGAUCCGAUUCAAAGCGCUUAUCGUCACCUACUCCUUUAAUCAGGUUUGACCCAAAAAGGUUGAAGUGGGAGCUCAUUCCAAGGAUGGUUUUCGCGCUCUUGAGUGCAGGCUUCCCUGAAUUACCAUUCCAAAAUGAAAUCUUCUCCCUCUGUUUAGCUUGCUGUGUUCGUGAGAAACCCGAAAACGUUGCUCAUACGUUAGGAGUGGCAUAGAUGGUACUAUUUUGAAACUCCAGUUACCAAAAACAGAUCUCUCUCGCGGUAAAAACGGAAGCUAUUUUUGGCAUUUUGAAAUUUGAAUUUUGGAGCACUUCAUCUCCGGGGGAAUUUUGAGCUGGCCAGGAGCGGGAAGAGAGGCGGGUGUCUAGAGAAGCAUUAGAGGAAAAAGUCCGUUUUUCCGUAUCUUAAAGCUUCGGGACCAGUCGCGUGACCUUGCCGGACGGCAUUUAGCUUUAUGACUGGAAUUUCUAAGACUCUAAUGUUACCAUAGUUUCAGAGCCAAGCUGGACUAAGCGCUUGAUUAGAGCUCUCUAUUUUUUGACAGUUGUAUUUUAAAGAUGAAUAUCUAGCUGAGCUGCCUGAGGGAUUUUGCUUUCUCUCGAGUAGGGGGUUGAAUCGUCCAUGGGGAAAGAAGGGUUUGGGGGAGGUCAUUGGGAAGGGAGUAGAACUUCUGAAUCUUAGUUUGCUUUGUGCUUGGAGUUAAAAUGAUAUUGGGCAUCAGUUAUACAAAUUUUAAAUUAUAUAUGCUCAACAAAGAGCCUAAUAUUUUUCUAUCAUGAGUGGAGUGCUUUUAAAAGUUUUGAUUUUUCUGAAAUCCUGGAUUAGAGUUUUGACCUUAUUGUAUUGUUCUCUCCCAAGCGCUUAGUUCAGUGGUCUGCGCAUAGUAAGUGCUCAAGAAAUAUGAUUGAUUUGAUUUGAUCGUUUUGACCUCGAGAUAUUUUUUGAAAUUAAAGGCAAAUGACGAGUGGGUAA